AUGGGUAAUGGGUUUCAUAACAAAAACUUUUAUGUUAUUGUCCUAGUGCUUAUCUCUUCAUAUCUACUUCACCAUGCCUCUGCAAAAUUAAUUGAACGUAUUGGAUGUAAUCUCUACGAUGGCAGUUGGGCGAACGAUUCUUCUCCUUACUAUGAUGCAUCAAGCUGCCCAUUCAUCGACAAAGGAUUUGAUUGCUUGAAGAAUGGACGGCCAGACAAGCUCUAUCUCAACUAUGAAUGGGUACCCGCGGGCUGUUUUUUGCCAAGGUUCAACGUUGAAAUUUUCUUUAAGAUGCUCAAGGGCAAGACGAUCCUCUUCGUGGGAGACUCACUAAGCAAUAACCAAUGGCAAUCUUUGACAUGCAUGAUUCACUCCUCAGUGCCCCAGGCAAAGUACAUAAAAGGGGCAAAAGAUGGCGUGUAUACAUUUACAUUUCCGGACUAUAACGUAUCGGUGAACUUCGAUCGCAAUGUGUUCCUUGUGGACUUAGUCACUGAAAGUACCGGAAAAAUUCUUAAAUUGGACUCUAUCUCUGGAGGUGAUCGAUGGAAGAAUGCUGAUGUGUUAAUCUUCAACACCUGGCAUUGGUGGUUUCACACAGGAAGUCUACAACCAUGGAAGUACAUUGAAGAUGGAGGCAAGCUAUACAAUGACAUGGAUCGUAUGGUUGCAUUUCAGAAAGGAUUCACUACAUGGUCCAAAUGGGUGGACUCCAAUAUCAACCCAAAAACAACUCAAGUCUAUUAUCAGGGCAUCUCUCCAACCCAUUUCAACGGUGCAGACUGGAACCAAACAAAUGGGAGCUGCAAAGGGCAGACAGAGCCAGUAAGUGGGUAUGGGUACAAAUACCCAAGUGGGCCACUUCCUGGUGAAGCUGUGGUGAAGAAUUUGUUGAGAAAGAUGUCAACGCCAGUUGAUUUGCUUGAUGUGACCAAUUUAUCGCAGUUGAGGAAGGAUGGACACCAAUCUCUUUACUCCGGUAAUGAGGGUGUGGAUUGCAGCCAUUGGUGUCUUGCUGGUGUUCCUGAUACUUGGAACCAAUUACUCUUUGUUUCUAUGAUGCAAAACGGCCUGGGUAAUUAAGAAAGAUAAAUAUUGGUUAGUUUACACUAAAAUGAAUUUUGUUUGAUUUUAUUUUGGUGAAAUAAAUUUUGUUUGAUGGAAUAAAUAUAAUGUGUAUGGUGCCACCAUUGUGCACUUGGAACUGGU